AAACCGGCACAGACACCGGCACCGACACCGGCACCGACAGUCCUCAAACCGGCACCGGCCCGGCACCGACAGUCCCCAAACCGGCACCGACACCGGCACCGCCAGUCCUCAACCCGGCAACGACACCGGCACCGGCCCGGCGCGAUACCGGCACCGGCACAAGUCCUCAAGGCGGCACCGACACCGGCCCUUAACCCAGCACCGGCCCGGCCCCGGCCGCGGCCCGGCCCCGGCACGAGCCCUGGCCCAGCCAGGGACCAGGUCCAGCCCGGCCCCGACACCGACACCGGUCCCCGCCCCAAGCCCUGAACCUGAAGCGGCACCGGUACCGGCACCAGGCCCGGCCUGGCCCGGCCCGGCGGCGCGGGGCGAUGGCGUCACGGUGAGAGGCGACAGGCGGCUGACGUCAUCAUGCGGAGAUACGGUGAGCGGGGAGCCCCGGCCGCUCUGCCUCGAUGAUGACGUCAGCGGGGACUGUCGCGAAGUGGUGACGUCAGAGGCGGCAUGGGGCCCGUCCAUGAUGGCAGAAAAGGGACUCCUGGUGCUCUUUGGCAGCCAGACUGGCACAGCUCAGGACACAGCAGAGAGGGUGGGCAGAGAGGCCCAGAGACGGCACCUGCGCUGCCGGGUGCAGGCCCUGGACAGCUGUGACCUGGCCAACCUCAUCCAUGAGCCCUUGGUGGUGUUUGUGUGUGCAACCACAGGCCAGGGAGACCCACCUGACAACAUGAAGAUGUUCUGGCGGUUCCUGUUCCGGAAGAGCCUCCCUGGCAGCGCCCUGUGCCAGCUGGACUACGCCGUGCUGGGCCUCGGGGACUCCUCCUACCCCAAGUUUAAUUUCAUUGCCAAGAAGCUGCACAAACGGCUGCUCCAGCUCGGGGCCAACCCGCUGCUGCCCGUGGCCCUGGGGGAUGACCAGCAUGACCUGGGGCCAGAUGCAGUGAUUGAUCCUUGGCUCGUGGCCUUGUGGGAGAAGAUCCUUGCCUUGUAUCCUGUCCCUCCUGGCCUCGGGAUCAUCAGUCCCGACGUGCGCCUGCCCCCCAAAUACACACUGCACUACCUGCCUGAGGACUGCCCAGAGCCUGAGGGUGCCCUGCUGCAGCCAGCACCCCCCCGGGGGGCUCCCUGUGAGCUGCAGCCCUUCCCUGCCCGCGUGGUGUCCAACCAGAGGCUCACAGCACCCGCCCAUUUCCAGGAUGUCCGGCUCAUCGAGUUUGACAUCGCGGGCUCAGGGAUCACGUUCAGUGCAGGGGACGUGGUGAUGAUCCAGCCCCAGAACUGCCCUGAAGAUGUGCAGCAGUUCUGCCAGCUGCUGCGCCUGGAGCCACACAGACGCUUUGUGCUGCAGCCCACGGAGCCUGGCACACCCCUCCCUCCCCUGCUGCCACAGCCCUGCAGCGUCCAGUACCUGGUGACACACUACCUGGACAUCUCCUGUGUGCCACGGCGCUCCUUCUUCGAGCUGCUGGCCUCCUUCUCCACCAACGAGCUGGAGCGGGAGAAGCUGCAGGAGUUCAGCUCGGCCCAGGGCCAGGAGGAGCUGUACAGCUACUGCAACCGGCCCCGCAGGACCACGCUGGAGGUUCUGUGGGAUUUCCCUCACAGCACAUGUGCCAUCCCAGCUGAUUACCUGCUCGACCUCAUCCCUCGCAUCAGGCCCCGUGCCUUCUCCAUCGCCUCCUCCCUGCUGACCCAUCCUGAGCGGAUGCAGAUCCUCGUGGCCGUGGUGCGCUACAAGACGCGGCUCAGCAAACCCCGCCGUGGGCUCUGCUCCACCUGGCUGGCUUCUCUCAACCCAGAGCAGGGUGAUGUCCGGGUGCCUCUUUGGGUGAAGAAAGGAGGAAUGAAGUUCCCAGCUGACCCUGGCACCCCUGUGAUCAUGAUUGGCCCUGGCACAGGGGUGGCACCCUUCCGAGCAGCGAUACAGGAGCGGGUGGCGCUGGGACGCCGAGGGAACUGCCUCUUCUUCGGCUGCCGACACCAGUCCAAGGACUUCUACUGCCAGGCAGAGUGGGAAGAGCUGGUCACAAAGGGCUUCCUGACACUCUUCACAGCCUUCUCCAGGGACCAGGAGGAGAAGGUUUAUGUCCAGCACCGCAUCCGGGAGAAUGGCAAGCUGCUGUGGGAGCUGCUGAGCACUGAGAAUGCUCAUAUCUACCUGGCUGGGAAUGCCAAGCAGAUGCCAGCAGCAGUGGCUGAGGCCCUGCAGUCGGUGCUGCAGCAGGAGGGUGGCCUGUCCCCCUUGGAAGCAGAGGAGCAUUUCACAGCCCUGGAACGGUCCCGGCGCUUCCAGUCUGAAACCUGGUCCUGAGCCUGGCUCCUGCCUCGCCUCCCACUGCCUGAAUAAAGGAGCCAGCAAAGG